UCAUCCUACAAAAUGGAAGGCUGUACUCACAAACUACAAGUUACUUUAAAUUGGUAAUUUUUUUUCACCUUGGGGCAUGUGUGACCAAUGAUAAAUAGUGUUUCCCAAGAAGCGAAGAUCAACGAUUUGAAGUCGAAUGGACCAAGAAAAGGGGCUUGCUAACUUGUCACAAAUAUAAAGGAAAUUGACAACAACGUUACUGUAUUACGUCCCCCUGUCAUAUAUCGUCGAUACUUUAUGAAAUUUGAGAAAAAAGCUAUUUCUUUAACAAAUAUCCAGGAUAGCAUAGCUUCAAGAUUCUUGUUUUCGUUGCUGCAUUGGCUGAUGCUGAUUUUAGUAUUUAGAAAUUUUAGUAUUUAAACUUUUGUUGCAUUCAUCUGGCACGAGAACCAUCGAUACUGAUAGAUCAAACGAAUGUGGGCCUGUAUCAAUGAAACAGAUGGGAACUAAAGUUAUUUAUUUCACCAUCAGUGGGAGAAAUGAACAAGCAGAGUUUAGGGUUGAUGCACUUUCAGAAGAUGUAAAAGAUUGUUUUCGAUGUGCAGCAGAAGCAGGCCCAUAUGACAUUUUAAAGUUAUACAACUUUAAAGGAAAUCUUGUAAAUAUUUCACCAUCAUUGCCUGAAAAUACAUCCAAUGAGCGUUAUAAAUUAGAGGUUGUUGCUGCACACUGCGGACAUUGUGGAAAAGAUCUGCAUGGUUUAGAUGUGGAAGAUGUGGACAAUCGUCUACAAAAAUUAGAAAAACAUGUUUUCGUAGAUGAAGGUGGCCUGCCAGCUGAGUUAAUAUCUCUAAAAAAUAGAGUUGACAAUUUUAAAAUGAAACUAGAGAAUGUAGAACAUUUAAGUUGGCUUGGUUUAUUCAAGGACAUGAAUAUUGGACCAUCUGCUCUACCAUAUAAUUCUGGUGGAGAUGAUGCUAGUACAAAAAGAACUGAAAAAGAAUACCAGCAUGUCCUUGACAGUUUCCUUAAAAUGGGGAGUGGACUAAUGUCUGAAGAUGUGUUGGACAAGUUGCGUAUGCCGACAUUUGACAACUGGCAAUGGGAAGAUGCUGAAAUGAUGUUUUUAGUGCAGCAAAUGUUUGUUGAUCUUGGCUUGGUAGAAACAUUUCAUAUUGAGAUGCCAAAGCUGCAACAGUUUAUUUUUGAGGUGUAUAAACAUUACAACUUGGUUCCAUUUCAUAAUUUCAGACAUAGUUUUUGUGUUACCCAAAUGAUGUAUGGUAUGAUAUGUUUGAGUGGUGUCAAUACAAUGAUAGCACCACACGAAGUUCUAAUCAUGUUAGUGUCAGCAUUCUGUCACGAUCUUGAUCACCCAGGCUAUAAUAAUGUGUACCAAGUUAAUGCAAGGACAGAGUUAGCAAUUCGAUACAACGAUAUUUCACCAUUAGAAAACCACCAUGCAGCAGUAGCUUUCGAUAUCCUGAGUCAGCAACGAUGUAACAUAUUUAGCAAUAUCAAACAAGAUUUAUACAAAAAAAUUCGCGAAGGAAUCAUAAAGUUAAUUCUGGCGACCGAUAUGGCUAGACAUAACGAGUUAUUGAACGAAUUCAAAGGAAUUAUGGAAGGUGAAUUUGAUUGGCUUUCAAGUGAUCACAGACUGUCGAUGUUAAAGAUGUUUAUUAAAGCUGCAGAUGUUUCAAACGAAACACGCCCUAUGGAUGUUUCUGAACCUUGGCUUGAAUGUUUGUUACAAGAGUUCUUUCAACAGAGUGAUGCAGAGAAGUUGGAAGGCUUGCCGACUGCUGCUUUUAUGGACCGAGAGAAAGUGACAAAGUCAUCGGCGCAGAUUGGUUUCAUCAAAUUUGUAUUGAUUCCACUCUAUGAAAUCCUUUCUGUGUUAUUUCCUGAUUUCGAGGAAUUUCUCCUUAAGCCUAUCCAAAAAGCUUUCGAUUACUACGUGGAGAUGGGACGUGAAAUGGAGGAAGAGAAACGCGAGAAACAAGAGAAGCAAGCCAAAAAGUUUAGCGCGGACGAUGAACGAAAACUCGAUAUAGAGAUUAGCCGGAAACUUAGUAGAGAGUUUGAUAUACGAUUAACUGCAGAGAUACAAAAAAAAUUCUCGGAAGAUAAAGAGCGAAAAUUAAGCGGAGAUUUUCGACAUCUUAACGGUAGUGGAAAUAACAGUCGUAAAGUUUCACAGGACAGAAAAGUGAGCGACUACCACACUCCACCGCAGUUCUCCUCACCGCCCACCUCAAACAAUCCAUCGCCUUUGCCUUCACACAAUAAAAUAGACGAACAUUAUGUAAACGAUAAGCCCAACGAAGAAGAGACGCAUGAUCUUAAAGUUUCUUCAAAAACUGUGUUUAUUGCGUUUAACGAUCAAAAGGUAGGGAGCGGUAGAAAGUUUAGUGGUAAACAAAGGAACAGCGUGGAGGAAAAACCUUUUCUUUCUAAUGGCGUCGUAGUAGUGGAAAAUGCAACAUGAAGUGUUUUUGUUCGUGCAAACUAAAGCUCAAUCAAAGAUCUGGAGAAUAAGUUGUUCACUCUUCUUCGCUGCAGUCGUAGAACUGACAGAAGACUUUCGGAAACACUGGCGUUAAUUUGUUACAAGUUCAGUUAAUAUAUCGUACGUAAGAAAGAGCGAUCAAGAAAUUCAUUUUUACAAAGAUUAUAAAUACAAUUUAAUUUUAUGAUGGUUCUUAAUAAUGUUGUUGUUGUUGUUGUUGUUGUUGUUAUUGUUGUCGUCGUCGUCGUUGUUGUUGUUGUUGUUGUUGUCGUUGCUGAUCCAAAAUUUAUUUUGUUUCGUGUAUUGAUCAGGUAGCUAGAGCUCCUCCAAUGAUCAUGUCAAGUGUGUACACUUCCGUGCAUGAUGUGAUCAUCACACGGACAUAUUAACGAGCUUCCUCUAUCUGCAGUACUGGUAGUGUUCGCACUUGCAUGAAAAAGAUCUAAUAUAAGUUAUAAAAUUGAAGAUAGUAAGAUAGUAUACGUAUAUAACUCGCAGUGGUGUUAGAUAAUGUUGUGUCUGAAAAUAGCACCUCGUUUCCAGGGCACAGCAUCUUUUACAGGUAACAAAGUUUCUGUUUGUAUUUAGAUGCACUUCUACGCUUAUUUAUUUGUUUCGGAGUUGAUGUAGCACUCUCCUUCGUUUUUUAGAUGUAUUCUUGUUCUCCGUUAUAUCUGGGUUUUUUUAAUGCAUUUAUUUCAAGCUUCGCUGCAUUUAAAAAAUGACUUUUAGUUUAUCUAUUACUCGAGAUUAUAAUGUCUUGUUACGCGUUUUAAUUCGUAAUAAUUUAGCACGUUUUCGAUGUAAAAUGAAGAGAGGGUUGAGUUUUAAAACGAUAUCGUAAAUGCUCAAUUGAGCACCCCGGGCGCUUAUUUAAAAUUUUGACUUUAAGAGUGGGCGUAAAUCGAGAGGGGCGCUUAUAAAUAAAUCUCAUUUUUGUGUCGUGAAAUACAAAAACAGAAGAUAUAUGUAGUCCGUGAGUGUAAAUUAAAUGUUUGUGGUUGAAUUCUUUCUGCGUCAAUGAAAUAAUAGCGUACUGCUUAAACAAAGGAGACCAAAAAAUAUAAAUAUUUUUCCAUGAAAUUUCGUGCGGUUGAUAAUUAUAAGAACAAGUCUGUUUUGAGUAAAAGGUUUUUUCUAAUAUCCAACUAUUUGAAUGAGUCCUUCUUAACUUUUUUAAUAUAUUCAAACAACCGCCCCUGAGCGUUUAUUCCAAGAAGGGCGCUUAAUCGAGCAUUUACGGUAAAUAUUAUAUUUUGAGGAUCAAAGAUUAUAUAUAUGAGGUCAUGUAAAGCUGACAAUGAAUAAAACUCGAAACUUGAUAAA